CUAACCUGUCUUUAUCUGUGUUGUUCGAACGAAUAAGAGGUCGCAAGAGUAGCAACUCGGUAUUCCCGGCAUCUUGCCUGUUGACGUCAGUCUCGUAAAUAAUUUAAACUGCAGAUCAUAUAAAAUCCAGUUUUCAAUCUGGCUGGGGAGUGUUAACACGUCUCGUCAUAAUGACGAGUAGACUAAUUUUAUACCUCUUAAUUGUUUGCGUGACAGCAAAUCUCGUGUACUGCAGAUUUGGAUCUAGAAGUAGUGGAAGAUCAAGGUCUAGUGGAAGCCAUUCUUGGGGACGGAGUAGCAGUAGUCAUUCAAGUUAUAAACCCUCAUCGAGUUCAAGCUCAUGGAACAAGCCUAGCUAUCCAUCAUCUUCAUCGGGGUUAUCUGGAUCAGGAUGGAGCAAGCCUAGCUAUCCGUCAUCUUCGUCAGGAUUGUCCGGAUCGGGUUGGAGCAAACCUAGCUACCCUUCAUCUUCGUCAGGACUGUCUGGUUCAGGAUGGAGCAAACCUAGCUACCCGUCAUCCUCUUCAGGACUAUCCGGAUCUGGGUGGAGUAAACCCAGCUACCCAAUAUCAUUAUCGGGGUUAUCCGGAUCAAGUUGGAGUAAGCCAAGCUAUCCGUCAUCUUCAUCAGGAUUGUCCGGAUCAGGAUGGAGUAAGCCCAGUUACCCGUCAUCUUCAUCAGGAUUGUCUGGUUCUGGCUUAAACAAACCAAGCUACCCAUCGUCGUCAUCAGGGCUGUCUGGGUCAGAGUCAAGUAAGCCGAAUUACUUAACAUCAUUAUCAGGGCAACCUGGAACACGUCCUAAUAAACCGAGCUACCCGUCUUCGUCAGGACUGUCUGGCGGUGGCUCAAGUAAACCCAGUUAUCCUUCUUCAUCGACUGGAUUAUCAGGUUCGGGAUUACAAAAGCCAGGUUUAACUGGUACUGGGUCUCACAGUUAUCCUCCAUCAAUCGGCGUGUCUGGCAGUGGAGGACCUAAACCACCGUCAUAUUCUGGAGUGCCUCUGCAUCCCACGUCGAACGGCAACAAUUUUAAUAAGCCGUCAUAUGAUACACCGUACCGUCGCGGUCAUACCUACAAUUCUCAUUCUGGUUAUGGAAGCCACAAUGGAGGGUUUAGCAAUACACAUACGACUUAUGUGCUGCCGCCAAAUUAUCAUACCUAUCCCCAGUAUGUGUAUGUAAAUGAGUAUCGAAAUUCAGGAAGUCGGUAUGGAGACAUUUUGACGGGCCUCACUUUGUACAACUUGGGCCGAUCCCAUAGCCACCACUACCACGAUCAUUAUUACUAUGAUGAUUACUAUGAAACAAGACGUCACACACCGAGUUACGCAGGAAACAGCUAUGUGAACAAUCAAAUACCUCAACAAAAAGCAUCAUGCACUUUAAGAGUCAAGGAAAAUGGAAGACUAGAAGUGUUAAAGAUACCGUGUGAAAUUGUUACAACAUUCGUUGAAGAUGGUAAACGUUCUAAUUACACACAGACACAAACAAAUACUACAGUUUGUUUUACUAAUACAACUACUGUAACUGUUAAUACUACAACAGCAACAGUGAACACAACAAAUACCACAUCUGCUGCUCCAAACAAUUUGCUUAAUAUCACCACACCAUUGCCUACUUUAUUACAUAAUACAACAGAACAGAUUAGAACAACACAAAAUUUAACUGAAACAAAUAUUCAGAACAUUACAGAAAGAACAACUGUUUCAAAUAUCACAGCACAGGAAAGUCAAAAUGUAACAGUAUCAGAGACUACCGAAACACAAAACGUCUCAGUAAAACCACUAAAUACACAGAAUGCCACAUUAGAUAUUACUCAGCACAAUAACGGAACCAUACAAAAUUUUAUAAAUAACAUUACAACUGAAAGAAUUUACCCAGCAACAUUAGUGACAGAAAUCAAUAAGUCUGUUCAAGAUAAACAGCAGAACACAACUACUAUGGUGCCUAUGACUGUAACUACGGUUAACUACACGACUUGCACUUCAGUCACAAACAUGACCGACCCCCUUCAGGUUAAGGGCCCCCCAGUAAAUGCAACGAACAUGGAAUGUGCAGUAGAAAUUGUUACAAAGGAACAUCUUAUAAGAAACGAAGUUGACUGCAGUGUUCUUAUGAAAUAUUCUCAGAUGCCGGAAAGAGAAAAACCAAAAGAAAAUAAAAGCAGUUUUUUGCCACCAAAGAGUAAAAUAAAAUCGUGGCUUGAUAAUCCUCCCUGGUGGUUGUCUAUAUUUAUUGCAGUAUAGGAGAAAAUGUGCAAAUUUAUGGAUGUGUUUUAAAUAAUGAUUAAAGUACUUAUGCUUAUUAAGUUCCUAUUAUAGUCCAGUAGUACUUAUACAUAUCAAUGUGUAUUC